AUGUCCACUCCAACCAAUGCUGAUGCAACCUUAUCUUACACUCAAGAACGUUCAAAGGAAUUAAUUACUCGAUAUGACACCAUUCUAGGCGAAAUCAACAAAGCCAUGAUUGAACACAAUCGCCCUAUUACCGACAUUCAAUUGCUCACAGUCUCCAAAUUAAAACCAGCAAGUGAUAUUAAAGCAUUAUACGAUCAUGGUAUUAGACAUUUUGGUGAAAAUUAUGUUCAAGAACUAAUUACCAAAGCUAACAUAUUACCCAAGGACAUUAAAUGGCACUUUAUUGGCGGAUUACAGACUAAUAAGUGUAAAGAUUUAGCCAACAAGGUUUCUAAUUUAUAUUGCGUUGAAACUAUUGAUUCUUUAAAAAAAAUUAAGAAAUUAGAAGAACAGAGAGCUAAAUUUGUUCAAGAACAUGCACCUACAGAACAAACAAAAAAUUACACCAUUUUAGUUAAUGUACAAAUAAAUACCUCGAUGGAAGAUCAAAAAUCAGGAUUAACUGAUGAAAACGAGAUUUUCCAGAUUAUAGAAUUUUUAUUAAAUGAGGCUAAAUAUGUUAAGUUGAAUGGUUUAAUGACUAUUGGAUCCUGGGUCAUUAGUCAUCAAGAUAGCUCCCUACUAAAUAAAGAUUUUGCUACUUUAUGUGACUGGAAAAAAAAGAUACAAGAUAAAUUCCCUUCACAAUUCACCGAAGAACAUCAAUUGAAGUUGUCUAUGGGUAUGAGUUCUGAUUUUAUUGAAGCCAUUGCGCAAAACAGUAAUGAAGUUAGAGUUGGUACUAAUAUUUUUGGUGCAAGACCAACAAAGGAUCAAGCAUAUAUUUAG